AUGGGUGAGCCUAUUGCUAUCGUUGGCAGUGCUUGUCGAUUCCCAGGUAGUGCUACAUCGCCCUCAAAGCUUUGGGAUCUCCUUCAUGAACCGAGAGAUGUGCUGAAAAAGUCCGCUCCUGGACGACUGAACCUUUCUCGCUUCUACCACCCCAAUGCAGAACACCAUGGAAGCACCAAUGUUCCGAAUUCCUAUCUUCUCGACGAGGAUCAUCGUCGAUUCGACGCCAGCUUUUUCAAUAUCAACCCGGCUGAAGCAGACGGCAUGGAUCCACAGCAGCGGAUUUUGCUAGAGACUGUGUAUGAGUCGAUGGAGGAGGCCGGGUACACGCUUGAACAGAUGCAAAACUCCCAGACCGCGGUCUAUGUGGGAGUCAUGACGGGGGACUACUACGAUAUUCAGACACGCGAUCUAGAGACUGUUGACCGAUGGUAUAGUACCGGCACAGCGCCUAGCAUCUUGUCGAAUCGGAUAUCUUAUUGCUUUAAUCUGAAAGGCCCUUCAAUGACCAUCAACACUGCUUGCUCCAGCUCGCUGGUCGCUCUUCAUCAGGCUGUCCUGGGUCUUCGGAGCGGCGAGUCAAAAACUGCAAUUGUGACCGGAGUCAACGUGAUUCUUGACCCCGCACUCUAUAUUGGCGAAUCAAAGCUUCACAUGCUAUCCCCUACAUCGAGAUGUCGCAUGUGGGACAAGGACGCUGAUGGAUAUGCGCGCGGCGAAGGAUGCGCAUCCAUUAUCAUCAAGCCGUUGAUCCAAGCUGUGGCCGAUGGCGACAAUAUUGAGUGCGUUAUUCGAGGGACCUCGGUCAAUUCGGAUGGGCGUUCGCCUGGUAUCACCAUGCCCAGCCCCGAGGGCCAGGCCUCAUUAAUGAGGCAGGCGUAUCAAAACGCAGGCUUGGAUCCUGUGAAGGAUCGAUGCCAGUAUUUUGAAUGUCAUGGCACUGGCACCCAGGCAGGAGACCCAGUCGAGGCUGAGGCGAUUCAAAAGACAUUCUUUCCGGAGGGCACCGAAUUCAGCGUCAAGGACAAGAUGUAUGUGGGCUCAAUCAAAACGAUCAUCGGCCACCUUGAGGGUUGUGCCGGCCUUGCAGGCAUUCUCAAGGCAGCAAUGUGCAUCAAGAACCGUACAAUCAGCCCCAACCUUCAUUUCAACGAGCUGAACCCUAAUGUCGCUCCCUUCUGUGACCACUUGAGGAUUCCACUACAAAACACCCCGUGGCCUGAUGUUGCCCCUGGAUCUCCACUGCGUGCGAGUGUCAAUUCUUUUGGGUUUGGCGGAACGAACGCACAUGCAAUAAUUGAGGGCUAUACUCCUUCUACUUCAACCGAUACUCUCUCCCAUUGCAGACUGAGUAGUGCGGAUAGAGAAGCUGUAGGACCAUUGAUAUUCUCUGCCCAGACGAGAGUCUCCUUGCUGUCAAAUAUUAAGAAUGCUGCGAACUACAUCAGGUCUAAUCCGUCACUUAAUCUCCAUGACCUUGCAUGGACUCUGAGCACAAAGCGGACGGCGUUUCCUGUAAAGUUGUCCUUUGCUGGUGCUGAUCGGGAGGAACUUUUGGCCUGUAUGGAGGCUGCCGUCCAUGUGGGUGAGGCAGCCCCGGACAGCGAACUGGGCAAAUUUACCCGCCCCAGUCAAAGCGAAGCGUGCCGUAUCCUUGGUAUUUUCACUGGCCAGGGGGCGCAGUGGGCAACGAUGGGGCGUGACUUGAUCAAUUCAUCUGACCUAUUCCGAAGAUCUAUCGAGAACUGUGAAAACUCCUUAGCGAAUCUGCCUGACGCUCCUUCGUGGUCUCUAAAGGACGAGAUUAUGGCCAAUGAAACAUCAAGGUUAUCGGAAGCUGCUAUCAGUCAACCACUGACCACAGCCAUUCAAAUAGCCGUCUAUGAUUUGCUAUAUGCUGCCGGAGUCAACCUUAGCGCUAUUGUUGGGCACUCUUCUGGAGAGAUUGCUGCUGCGUACGCCGCUGGGAUUAUCUCCGCCGAGGACGCCAUAAGGAUUGCCUAUUAUCGCGGGCUGCAUGCAAAGCUAGCGCAGAGUAAAGAUGCGAAACAGCCAGGUGCAAUGAUGGCUGUUGGGUUGCCUCUUGAUGCUGCAAGGGAAUUCUGCUCUCAACCUUCGUUUUCUGGGCGUAUGGUUGUUGCAGCAAGCAAUGCCCCUAGCUCAGUAACCUUAUCAGGGGAUGCCAAUGCCAUAAGUGAAGCAAAAGCUGAACUUGAUCAGAGGAAUAUAUUUGCACGACUCCUCAAGGUUGAUGCAGCCUACCACUCUCACCAUAUGAUCCCAUGUGCUAAUCCUUAUCUGACGUCGUUGAAAGCCUGCAAGAUCCAGGUCAAACAGCCCAAGCAGGGUUGCACAUGGUUUUCCAGUGUGCGGGGGAAUAAGGCUUUACUUGGUCACGAAAUUACAGAGGUAAAAGACCAGUACUGGGUGGAUAAUUUGACCAGCCCCGUACUUUUUUCGCAGGCCGUCACCCAAGCCAUUCGGACGAAAGGGUCAUUUGACAUUGUCAUUGAGCUCGGACCCCACCAUGCUCUCAAAGGUCCAGUCUUACAGACAGCGAAGUCAAUCGUCAACAAGGAGGUACCAUACGUAUCUGUCCUCAAACGAGGAUCGAAUGACGUUGAAGCUGCUUCCUCAGCCAUGGGAUUUGUCUGGCAGCACCUGGGGCCUCGUUAUAUUGACAUUGAUCGAUAUUGCCGCGCUAUUAGACAACAUCAACCAAGAAUGCUGAAAGGAUUGCCUAGCUACUCGUGGGACCACAGUAAGGAGCACUGGAAAGAAUCUCGGAUCUCACGUAGAUAUCGCCUUGAUGAUCAACAGCCACAUCCGCUACUGGGGAGACGGGCCCCUGACGACUCGCAAAACGAGGCGCGCUGGAGAAAUAUUUUGCGCUUAAAUGAGAUCCCAUGGCUAAAGGGGCAUCAGUACCAAGGACAGGUGCUUUUCCCCAGUUCAUGCUACAUUACUCUUGCAGUCGAGGCCGCCAGAUCUAUUGCUGCAGGGCAGUCCAUUGCGCUUAUUGAAGUUCAUGAUAUCAACAUAGCUAGGGCAUUGACUUUGGAAGAAAAUGGUCCCAGCAUUGAAUGUGUUACUACCUUGAGGCUAUCUUCCAGUUCUUCGAAGACAAGACUUGAGGCAGACUUCUCGUGUGAUCUAGGUUCCGAUCAAGUUACGACCCUGGACCGAUCGUGUACUGCCCGUGUUUCUAUCCAUUUAGGGAGUCCAUCUACAGAUGAACUACCACCGAGGUUACAAAGUCAGUCUAAUUUGGCACCAGUCGAUAUAGACGCCUUCUACGAGCUACUUGAGUCCAUGGAUCUUCGAUAUACUGGGCUCUUCAGGGGUAUUAACUCAAUGAGCCGGAGUCUCGAAUACGCCACUGCAUCUGCGUCGUGGCCAAAGGAUGCUCUCAGAGGAUAUUUGUUCCACCCAGCAGCUCUGGAGUCUUCUUUUCACUCAAUUAUAGGCGCUUUCACCUCGCCGUUCAGCAAUUCUCUUUGGACAACAUAUUUCCCUGUUAAUGUACGCCGGGUCUCUAUAAAUCCAAAUAUUCUCUAUGAGUCUGCCUCUGGGGACGUACAGUUCGAAGUUGACGCAAAUGUGACAGCGUCCUGUGUCAAUUUCAUAGAAGGAGACCUUUCGCUGUUUAACAAGGACGAGAACCCGAUCGUCCAGAUAGAAGGGCUGACUUUGAAGUCCUCCGGGGGGGCGAAUUCCUCGAAUGAUCGCAGACUGUUCUCACACACUGUGUGGGAGAGUGAUCCGUUCGGGUCCUCUGUCGAGAUGAAUCAGCCCCAACCCGAACUAGAGGAAAAGCAAGUACUGGAACUCGUGGAGAGAACAGCACUAUAUUAUUUCCGGCGUGCUCUACGUGAGAUUCGACCUCGUGAGAUUUCUGGAUUUAAAGACAGUCGCAAAGCCUUCUACAACGAAAUUCGACAUGUCGUGGAAACAGUUAAAGAGAAUGGACAUGCUACCGCAAGCCCGAAAUGGCUUGACGAUUCAGAAGAAUACAUUAUAAGCAUGUUCCAAAAGUUCCGCGGACAGGCCGAGCUGGAGUUGUUGCAUCCAAUUGGCCAGGCUCUGCCAGCUAUUUUGCGUGGUACCACUGACCCUUUUGAGAAGCUAUUGGAAGAUGACGUUUUGGACCGCUGGAACAUCUACGGUACUACGUUCCGUCCAAUGUGCAAGAGCAUGUGUGAUUUUAUCAAGCGUGUCGUACAUAAACACCCUCAUAUGGACAUCCUCGAGAUUGGGGCAGGGACUGGCGGAGCCACGAGACAAGUGUUAGAAGCAAUCGGGGAUAAGUACACAUCAUAUUGCUAUACAGAUAUCUCUGCAGACCUAGUUGAAAAAGCCACUGAGAAGUUCCCUCACCAUGCACGCAAAAUGGAGUUCAAGGCCGUCAAUAUUGAAAGAGAUGUUGUUGAACAGGGUUGUGAAGUGGGUAAAUAUGAUAUGGUCAUCGCUGGCAAUGUCCUUCACGCAACACACAACUUAAGUGAAGCCCUUCAACAGACACGAUCUCUAUUAAAGCCUGGUGGCUACCUCGUCCUGCUGGAAAUCACUGGCGAGAUGAUGCUUUUCCUACUGUGUGUCAUGGGUUGCGUCCCAGGGUGGUGGCCUCGAUAUGACGAAGGCCGGCAACGCCAGCCAGGGGCCUCGCCUACGGAAUGGGAUAAACUCCUGCGCUCAGCAAUGUUUUCCGGUGUCGAUGGAAUUGCCCACAACUUGCCGGAUCCAGUGGCCCAUUGUUUCUCGGUGAUCGUCUCACAGGCUGUAGAUAACUCGUUGCUGAUGCUUCGCGAGCCGGUAGUACUGAGGAGCUUAGAGCCGACAGCAAAGCAGGUGCUAAUCCUUAGUGGAAAAACGCUGCCAGUGUCCCGUCUAGCGUAUAACCUGAAAAAUCUCCUUACUUCGUCUGGUGCUUCGGUCAAGGUCGUGGACAGCAUUGAAGGGUUGAGUAAGGAUGGUCUAGGUGCUGAAACAUCUGUGAUAUCUGCUACUGAACUUGAUAAGCCGCUAUUCGCCAACAAAGUCACGUCAGAGAGGCUCGUUGCGCUACAAGAUUUAUUCAGGAAUGCGAACAACAUCCUCUGGCUAACCGCUGGGCGUCUGUCCCAUCAGCCACAUCUGAAUAUGACCGUAGGACUUGGACGAGCGAUUGCUUCUGAGCGACCAGAUGUCAGUCUUCAAUUCUUUGAUGUCUCAGAUAUUGCCUCGUUGUCUCCCACAUCUAUUCUAGAAGCAUUCAUGCGACUUGCGUGGUCGCGACGGGCAGAAGUUACUGGUGGUAAUAUACUGUGGACAACUGAACCCGAAGUCCACUAUGAUGGUCAAAAAAUAUUCAUACCACGUCUCCUGUUGGAUGAUGCUGCAAACGAGAGGUAUAAUGCUUCCCGUCGACCAUUGUCUCGAGAAGUGUCUAUGGACCAACAACUCCCGGUUGAGAUCAAACUCCAUACUACAGGUGGGGAUGAAUUAGUGUCUGUGAAAGAAUCUUCCAGACAUUACCAAGAAACGGCAGGCUAUGUGAAAGCCAAAGUGAAGUUUUCAAUUCCACUCCUCGGGCACGUCUCAAAAAGGUCAUUCAUGUGGCUUGGUACCUUAUACAACGGGAAAUGCAAAGCCAUUGGCAUCUCGGAACACGACUCCUCGAUUGUUCAAGCGAAGCUAGACGACAUACACAUCCUACCGGGCGAGGUAGAAGCUAACCCUGAAUUUCUGAGGGCUGUUGCUAGCCAUUUAAUUGCUAACAUAAUAGCUGCUUCUGCAGGCCCUGACGGUGCUACUCUUUUGUACGAGCCUCAUGGCAUCCUUGCUACCGCCAUCAGCAGGAGUAGUCACUGGCACGGACGUCAAGUCUAUUUUGUAUCCAAGUCGGUGAAAACCGAAGCAGGGUGGAUACCAAUCCAUCCACGAUCUUCUCGCCGUGCAAUUGAAAGGGCUUUACCAAAAGGAGUGACUUCCUUUAUUGAUCUAUCCGUGUCGACUGAUGACCAAGUAAGGCCAAUUCUAUCUAGCAUCUACGGCAGGUUGCAACAGGUAGACUACACCAUUAAUAAGGAGUGUGUGUCUCUUUCCGAAAGAGAACUUAUUGGCGAGGCCUUUACAGAGGCAAAAGCUACCUCGGCCAACUUGGUCCUAGACUCUGCAGUUGUCCUCACUGUCAAUAAGCUCUGUGGGUUAUCAGCCUCAACCUAUGCCUACCCUAUGGUUAUAGACUGGGAUACGUCGACUCGAAUGUCUGUGGAAAUCGAACCCGUCAGCGCAAAUGCAUUAUUUUCAUCUUCCAAGUCCUAUUUCAUGGUUGGAAUGACCUCCCCGCUAGGGCUGUCAAUUCUCUCCUGGAUGGCAAGAAGCGGAGCCCAAUAUUUUAUUCUUACUAGCCGAAAGCCACAUAUUGACCCGCUUUGGCUUGACGAGAUGUAUGCUCUUGGGGCUUAUGUGAAGGUUAUGCAGAUGGAUGUGGCCGACAAAGAAUCUGUUCGUUCCGUCUACGCAGAUGUACAUGAGACGAUGCCACCAGUUGUUGGAGUGUGCAAUGCUGCAGGUGUUCUUUCCGACAAGAUGUUUGACAAUCUGUCCGUCGACGACUUGGAGUAUGUAUGGGGACCAAAAGUCCACGGCACAAUGCAUCUCAAUGAGUUAUUCUCCGAACCUUCGUUGAAUUUUUUCAUCUUAUUCUCGUCUCUUGGGUCUGUAGUUGGUACUACAGGAAAUUCAAGCAGUCACGCUGCACACUUGUUCAUGUCGAGUGUGGUGCAGCAGCGCAGACAGAAGGGAUUGGCUGCUUCCAUUAUCAAUAUUUCCAUGGUUGUUGAUUCUGGAUAUGUUGCAGAACAAGGAAAGGAUAUGAUCCAGAGUAUGAAGAACCAGGGGCAUGCACCUUUGUCUGAAGCAGAUUUUCUUCAUUCUUUUGCAGAGGCUGUUGUUGCAAGUAAUCCUCAAUCCACGAGAAGUUCCGAUAUCGUAAUCGGAUUGGAAAUGGCAAAACAAUCUGCAUUGGAUCAGGCAAGACCCCCAUGGUACUCAAAUCCUCGUCUGUCUCACUUUGUCAGCAAUAGCCCAAUUCAAGUAGAGAAACGGCCAAUAUCAUCGUCGAAGUUGAGCACAAGGGAACGCCUUCAGAGUUCCCAGUGUAAGCAGGAUGGCGUCCAGACACUUCUGGGCUGCUUCUCAGAAAAGCUUGGGACGAUGCUCCGCCUUCCGGCGAGCGCUGUUGAUACCAAUGUUCCGCUUCUAGAUCUUGGUUGCGACUCAUUGUUAGCCGUUGAAAUCAGAGCAUGGUUUAUCGAAGAGAUUGAUAUUAGUGUUCCAGUGCUUAGUGCCCUGCAAAGUACCGCGGCAGAGCUCUGUUCUGAAGCCGCUGGACAAUUCUGGGCACCGAAGACGACCCAGCCACCUGAAGAACAGCAUGAAGUGCACAUCGCUGGCACUUGUACUCCGACCACCAUGGACUUCAGGGAAAGCGAGAGUACAACGUCAGCAUCAGAACUAGAUACAGGCAAAACAACACCAGUCAGCACUCCAUGGGAGAAUGUGUCCAGUGAGUUUGCCAGUUCUAGCGUCUCUCAAGGUUUUAAACGUCUCGGUCCGAUGUCCCACUCCCAGUCACUGAUCUGGUUUUCGAGCAAUUACACCAAUUCGACUCAAUAUAACAUCGUUUUUUCCUAUCAGACCAAGGGAAGCUUCCAGCUGGAAAGAUUUAAGCGGGCCCUUAGGCAGGCUGUUUCCCGACACGAGUCGCUGCGCACGGCGUUCUUCGCAGACCCUAUCUCUGGUGAGCUAAUGCAGGGUGUAUUGGAACAUCCUCUGCCGUACUUUAAACAUGUCAAUGCCACAGAUCCAGCAGCUGUGUCACGGGAGUUCGAAAAGGAGGAGAUGUAUGAGUGGAGAUUGGAACAGGGCGAGGUCUUCAGAACUACUGUGGUCUCUCUCGAGUCCGGUCAACACACUGUCAUCUUCAGCUACCAUCACAUUAUUAUGGACGGUGUUAGCUGGUCGCUCUUUCUGCGUGACUUGAAACACGCCUAUGAGAAGAAGCCAGCACCAGCAGACGUUACGCAAUACCUAGACUAUUCAAUAAUGCAACACCAGGCCAUCCGAGAUGGUGCAUUCAACCAUGAGUUGAAAUACUGGAAACGAGAGCUAUCUCCAUUGCCGGACCCGAUGCCACUCCUCCCAUUCGCCAAGGUGAAGUACAGAAUGGCGACUGAUAAUUACAAUUCCCAUACCACAACCAGAGAAAUUGGAGCUGAUCUGGUGGACAAGAUCAAGAAGACAAGCCAGACACUCCGAGGUACGGGCUUCCACUUCUAUCUUGCAGCCUUGCAGGCAUUAUUCGCGAGAAUGCUGAACAUCGAGCACAUGAGCAUCG